AUGGUGCAGAAAUCCCGCAAUGGGGGAGUCUACCCAGGGCCCAGCGGAGAGAAGAAACUCAAGGUGGGCUUCGUGGGGCUAGACCCCGGGGCCCCCGAUUCCACCCGGGAUGGAGCGCUGCUUAUCGCGGGCUCAGAGAGCAGCAAACGCGGCAGCAUCCUCAGCAAGCCUCGCUCGGGCGGAUCCGGCACUGGCAAACCCCCGAAGCGCAACGCCUUCUACCGCAAGCUGCAGAAUUUCCUCUACAACGUGCUGGAGAGACCCCGAGGCUGGGCCUUCAUCUAUCACGCCUAUGUGUUCUUGCUAGUCUUCUCCUGCCUGGUGCUGUCAGUCUUCUCCACCAUCAAGGAGUAUGAGAAGAGCUCAGAAGGUGCCCUCUACAUCCUGGAAAUCGUCACCAUUGUGGUUUUUGGAGUGGAGUACUUCGUGAGGAUCUGGGCUGCUGGCUGCUGCUGUCGCUAUCGGGGCUGGAGGGGGAGGCUGAAGUUUGCUCGAAAACCCUUCUGUGUCAUUGACAUCAUGGUGCUGAUAGCUUCAAUUGCUGUGUUGGCUGCGGGAUCCCAGGGCAAUGUGUUUGCCACGUCAGCCCUGCGGAGUUUGAGAUUCUUACAGAUUUUGAGGAUGAUUCGAAUGGAUCGGAGAGGAGGCACCUGGAAACUCCUUGGUUCAGUGGUGUAUGCCCAUAGCAAGGAGCUGGUCACUGCCUGGUAUAUAGGCUUCCUUUGCCUCAUUCUCGCCUCCUUCUUGGUGUACUUGGCAGAGAAAGGCGAGAAUGACCACUUCGACACCUAUGCAGAUGCACUCUGGUGGGGACUGAUUACAUUGACUACCAUCGGAUAUGGUGAUAAGUAUCCCCAAACCUGGAAUGGGAGACUGUUGGCUGCUACUUUCACCCUCAUUGGAGUCUCCUUCUUUGCUCUUCCUGCUGGAAUUUUAGGUUCAGGGUUCGCCCUGAAGGUCCAAGAACAACAUCGUCAGAAGCACUUUGAGAAGAGAAGGAAUCCUGCAGCUGGCCUGAUCCAGUCUGCAUGGAGAUUCUACGCCACCAACCUCUCUCGGACAGAUCUCCACUCGACCUGGCAGUAUUAUGAACGCACUGUCACCGUUCCCAUGUACAGCUCGCAAACACAAACUUACGGGGCCUCCAGACUGAUCCCACCUCUCAACCAACUGGAACUUCUCCGAAACCUCAAGAGCAAAUCUGGACUCACUUUCAGGAAAGAACCUCAGCCUGAACCAUCACCAAGUAAAAGCAAACCGUGCAAAGAGUCUCUGUGUGGAUGCUGCUCUGGAAACUCUAGUCAGAAGGUCAGUUUGAAAGAUCGUGUCUUCUCCAGUCCCCGAGGCGUUGGUGCCAAGGGGAAAAGUUCUCCGCAGGCCCAGACUGUCCAGAGGUCGCCCAGUGCAGACCAGAGCAUCGAGGACAGCCCAAGCAAAGUGCCCAAGAGCUGGAGUUUUGGGGAUCGAAAUCGAGCUAGGCAAGCAUUCCGGAUCAAAGGUGCAGCAUCAAGGCAGAACUCGGAAGAAGCAAGUCUCCCAGGAGAGGAUAUUGUGGAUGACAACAAAAGCUGCAACUGUGAGUUUGUGACGGAAGAUUUGACUCCAGGCCUGAAAGUCAGCAUCAGGGCUGUGUGUGUCAUGCGCUUCUUGGUUUCCAAAAGGAAGUUUAAAGAGAGCCUGAGGCCCUAUGAUGUAAUGGAUGUCAUCGAGCAGUACUCAGCUGGACACCUGGAUAUGCUGUCCCGGAUUAAAAACCUUCAGUCCAGGCAAGACCCUCCUCUGGCUUUGGUUCUGUUAUGGGUUCAUCCCUUAACUCUGGCCAGGACCCUGCUGCCAGCAGCAGCUUUGACUGAAGUAGACGUUAGGAGUGCCAAGUUUCCGGGCACCAGCUGCCAUGGUCCAUUCUCCAAGCUGCUGUGGUUGCACCGGCAGCUGUAG